AUGUACAGUGGAUCCAGCGACGGAGAAGGGCACGAUUCAUCGGCGCCGAGGAAAAUCCCUCCUGUCUCUUCCAUGCUAUGGGUCCGAAACCUCCGCCGGUACAUCGGAUCCGGUGCCGGGCUUGGAUCUGAAUCCUUAAUGGAGCUAGAAACAAAAAGAAUUUUAUUAGAUAUGUUUAAGGAGAAGCAACAAAAGAGCUCUGAAGCAGGCACCAUUCCUAGUUUUUACAAAAAGAAACCUGAAGAAGGAUCCAUCAGUCAUAGAGUCCAGAGGCUGGCAAAAUAUCGUUUUCUAAAGAAACAAACCGAUCUUUUGCUGAAUGCUGAUGAUUUGGAUGCUAUGUGGCUAUGCCUGAGAGAAAAUUGUGUAAUUGAUGAUGCAACUGGUGCUGAAAAGAUGAAUUACGAAGACUUUUGCCACAUUGCCUCUGUAUGUACAGAACAAAUAGGCCCCAAAUGUCGACGCUUUUUCUGCCCUUCGAAUUUCAUGAAGUUUGAAAAAGACGAACUGGGAAGAAUCGCCAUUCUUCCAUUCUAUCUGUAUGUAAUGCGAACGGUAUCCCUUACUCAAGCCAGGAUUGAUAUGAGUGAGCUUGAUGAGGAUUCUGAUGGCUUCCUUCAACCUCACGAAAUGGAAUUCUAUAUAAGAGGUCUUAUACCUAAUUUGGCACAACUCCGGGACAUACCAGCAGCUUUCGUGCAAAUGUACUGUCGCAUAGCUGCACACAAGUUUUUCUUCUUUUGUGAUCCCCAUAAACGAGGCAAGGCGUGCAUAAAGAAGGUUCUACUUAGUAAUUGCCUCCAGGAGCUAAUGGAACUACACCAGGAAAGUGAGGAAGAAGUCACUGAUACUGAACAAGCUGAAAACUGGUUCUCGUUGACAUCUGCACAGCGCAUAUGUGAUAUGUUUCUUGCUCUUGACAAAGAUAUGAAUGGAACUUUGAGCAAGCAGGAGCUUCGAGAAUAUGCAGAUGGGACACUAACAGAUAUUUUUAUUGAGAGAGUUUUCGAUGAACAUGUCCGGCGUGGAAAAAACGGAGGUGGUAAUUCUCGGGAGAUGGAUUUUGAAAGUUUUCUCGACUUUGUUCUGGCACUGGAAAAUAAAGACACUCCAGAGGGAUUAACUUAUUUGUUUCGCUGCCUUGAUCUCCAUGGAAGGGGAUUUCUCACAACUGCUGAUACUCAUACACUGUUCAGGGAUGUUCACCAGAAAUGGAUUGAGGGAGGUAACUACGAGCUGUGUAUUGAAGAUGUAAGGGAUGAAAUCUGGGAUAUGGUGAAGCCAGCCGAUCCAUUGAGAAUAACACUGGCUGAUCUACUGGCUUGCAAACAGGGCGGGACAGUUGCAAGUAUGCUUAUAGAUAAACCAAAUAAGACAGAAACUAAUCUAAUCCCACCAACAACUCACCAUUCCUUCCAUUCAUUUGAUUCUUGCAAAUGA